UUUUUAGGUGUCGUAGCAGCAUUAUUAGUAGCCGUGGUGGCCGUAGUAGCCGACGAUUCAUGCCCAUCGGACUGGACCCAGGACAAACUGCUGGCCCAUGAUGAUUGCAAUAAGUUCUACAUGUGCAGAUUUGGCGAUCCCGUUGAGAUGACCUGCUGGGGCGAUCUUUUCUUCAACAUUCAUACCUGGAAGUGCGACUCGCUCUCGGAGGUAGAUUGUGGUGAAAGGAACAUUCCUGGACAAGAACCUACGACUACUGCUGAGCCAGAAACAGAGCCUACCACUGCCGAACCUACAACUACUGAACCCACGACCGAAGAACCCGUAACACCCGCGCCUGGGUUCCUCGAGAACGGUUGCCCCGUGGACCCGUACAUCCACUGGCUGCUGCCUGUGGAGGGAGACUGCAACGGGUUCUACUACUGUGUGUGGGGAGAACUAGUCCUGAGUAAAUGCGCGCCCGGCCUGCACUUCAAUAGAGAACUUCAGGUUUGUGAUUGGCCCGAAAACGCUGGCUGCACUACAUCGCUGAACAAACACAACAUCGGCCAAUACCUUCAACGUUUUUAGAUCCACCUUCAAACAGAUGUACGCCAAAUAGC